UAAUUUCCACUCUUUCAAGCAGACUACAGGCAGCCAUGUACAGAGCUUAUGCAUCUCCAAGCUAUUCGAACCGUUGGCAAGAAAGCUGUGCUCGGUUGCUUGCUCCAUUAACUCUAUGGUUAUGUGGCAUUGUCAGUGACUUUGAGAUAUGGAUAUUAUGGGAAUUGUCAUAUGGAGCCCGGACCGAGCUCAUCCCGUUUGUUGACGGCAAAUUCAAUCUUUGUAGAUCAGAUUCAGGUGAUAGAUAGUGCCAAGAAAGGUGCUGUUCUUCAUGGGUUUGUGGAGAAGCCAGAAUUGAGCUUGGAAACAAACUGGAAUGUAUCAAAAUAUCUGGUCCUUGGGUCAUACCACCAACAAGGAUUUUCUUUGUGGUUGAACAAGGGCUCCAGGAUCCACAUUAGAUGGGAAGUUUCAAUUGGCAAUUCCAGUGAUCUCCUAGUGGUGUUAACUAAAGGAGAGCAGACGUUAAAAAGAUCGUUGCCAGGUUCCUCCAGUUCACUUGCUCUUAGCUAUCCAACAAAUGGUAAUGGACAAGCUGAAUAUAUCAUUGAGGAAGAUGACAGUUACUCCAUCCACUUAGUGAGCAUGAACCCUAGAAGCAUCAUAAUGCUGUUGAGUGUCAAUGUUUCAUCAAAGAUGUACGACGUCACUAAAGCAGCAAGCAAGUGUUCAGCAAUAAAUGGGUUGUGUCGCUUGAAGCUUCAAUUCCCCCAUAUGAAAUUUGUUGUCUUAACCACUCCAAACAAUGGGGACCUCAGUGGAUGGUCUAUUGAGAUUUCAUUCGUGACUCGUUUGGUUACUUAUGUUGCAAUUUUAGGAUUAUCAGCAAUCUUUAUUUGUUUGAUCUUGAAGUACCUUGGAGCCUGUGAUGGUGAGGAAUAUGUAAACAGUACAGUAGAGGAAGUACCAGUGACCGAAACCAAUCCAUUACUGCAAGAGAAGAGAAUCCAAAUUGAUUAUGGAACAAGUGAUGAAGAUCCAGAUUCGAGAGCGGGCAGUUCCUCUGAGGACUUAUAUGAUGGAAAGAUUUGUGUAAUUUGCUACGAUGAACAACGAAACUGCUUCUUUGUUCCAUGUGGCCACUGUGCCACUUGUUAUGAAUGUGCUCAGAGGAUCAUUGAAGGGGAAAACAAAGUAUGUCCAAUAUGCAGGAGAUUCAUUCACAAAGUAAGAAGAUUGUUCACUCCCUAACACUGCCCGAUCAUAAAUACGCGUUGUCCCUGAAAAGGAGGCUUAUAUCUUGGAAUGAGAAUAUGUUUUCUCUGUUUAUCAAUUUCUGCUUGAU